GUAAUAUUAAUAUACCUCUAUAGAAACUUCCUUAAAAAUCAAUAAAACAGAUACGGUGGAAGAAAUACAGUAACUAUGUUACCAGGUGGAGGAAUCGGACCGGAAUUGAUGAGUUUUGUAAAAGAAGUUUUUAUGUUUGGAGGCGUACCAAUUAACUUUGAGACUAUUCAAAUUUACCCGUCAAGUAGGGACGAUGAUUUGCAAAAUGCAAUCACUUCUAUACGAAGAAAUGGUGUAGCAAUUAAAGGAAAUCUUAUUGAUAAUUUUAAUAAUGAGAUAUCACAUAAUGUUGCUAUACGCAAUGAACUUGAUUUGUUUGUUAAUGUUUUGCACAUGUAUUCAUACAAAAAUGUACCUAGUAAACAUCAAAAUAUCGAUAUAAUUGUUGUUCGACAAAAUAUAGAAGGAGAAUAUACUAUGUUGGAACAUGAGGUUGUAGAAGGGGUAGUUGAAUAUUUGAAAGUUAUUACUAAAGAAAAUUCUAGACGUUUAGCGCGUUAUGCAUUUGAAUUGGCAUUGAAUAAUGGUCGCAAAAAAGUAACUUCAGUACAUAAAGCUAAUAUAAUGAAAUUAUCAGAUGGUCUUUUUUUGAAAAUAUGUUUCGAAAUGGCUAAAGAAUAUCCAGACUUACAAUUUGAACAAAUAAUUGUAGAUAAUUGUUGUAUGCAAUUAGUAUCUAACCCACAUCAGUUUGACGUUAUGGUUAUGCCUAAUCUUUAUGGUACAAUUAUAACUAAUAUCAUAUGUGGACUAGUGGGAGGUGUUGGUUUAAUAUCUGGUCGUAACUACGGUGAAAAUUAUGCUGUUUUUGAACCAGGAACAAGAAAUACCGGUACAGAUAUUGUAGGAUCUAAUAUUGCUAACCCUGUAGCUAUGCUGAAUGCAUCAGCAGAUAUGCUAGAACAUUUAGGGCUUAAUUUUCAUUGUGACAUGAUAAGAACUGCAAUUACUAAAACUCUUAGUGAAGACUUAGUGCACACAAUGGAUCUAUGUGGUAAGGCAUCUACAACAGACGUUGUUGGAAAUAUAAUAAAACAUGUAAAACACUUUGCCAAGAUGUAGUUUAGAUAAGUUAUAAUAAUUGUAUUUUAUAUUUUGUGAUCUUAUAUAAAUAAGUUAAAAACGUUAAAUUUUUCAAAUUCACUUAAAAAAUUAAACAAAAUAUAUUUAUUUAAUAUAAUAUUAUUUAACAUAUGUUUUA